AUGAACACCCUACGGCCGCUGCCGCUGCUCAGCAGCCGCCUCCUCUUCAGCAAUGGCGCGCGGACGACAACAAUAGGCGUGCGGUACGCCAGCACAGAGGCAGCCACUGCCACCGCCACCACACCAGAACCGACCGAGACGGCAUCCGUGCCGGCGAUACAAGGCGAGAGCAACUCGAAGAAGCCCGGCGGCCACCGGCCCCGAUCCAUCCUCCCCCCAGGCCACGCCGAGCGCAUCUGGGUGCACAACCACUUCAUCGCCAACCACAUCAUCUACUCCUUCACCCCGGAGAUGAACCCCACCAAAGCCUUCCGCCAAUUCGCCUACACCGGCAAAAAACUCGUCCCCGCCAAGCUCCGCAAGGACUACUGGCGGCCAAUGGCCGUGGUGGAGUUUGGGCCCGGGCGCGGCGACGUCGGCCGCAGCGUGUUCCACAAGCUGCGCGAGCUCAAGAAACGCCACCAGCUCGAGUGGGACGACCCGGCCAUGCUGCAAAUGGACCGCCGCGCGCGCGGCCGCGCGCUGAAUGAUGAGCGGGGGAAUGCGGUGGCCGAUAUUGCGGCGGUGUUGGCGGGGCGGGGGAAGGGGAAUCGUGUUGUUGUUGGUGCUGUGAAGGAGGGUGGGGAGGAGAAGGGGUUGGUGGUUGGGGGGGCGGCGGCUGAGGCUGAGGGGGGGAAUGCUGCGGAUGCGAAGAAGAAGAGGGAGUCCGAGUUGGCGGGCCUGCAGAGUGCGACUGUGUAUUGGGCGAACGAGCAGGACAAGUACUACGCGGAGGAGUGGACGGCGAAUGUGACCCAUGUGGUUGGCCUGCCGGAGAAGGGGGCGAAGAAGACGGAGGAGGCGGUGGUGGAGGAGGAGGAGGCUGCUGCUGCUGCACCUGCCGAGACAGAGGCGGCGGCUGAGACUCCCAAGACGGAGCAGUGA